UUCAGUGCUGGUGCUCCUCUGAGAUCAGGUGAUGGUGGGAUACUAUUGCCAUGCAAGGAAUACAAUCUCAUAUAAAAUAUCAGUGGAGACAGCUUUCUCAAAACUGGCACUGCACAUUCUGUUCUGCUCCUCCCUCCCUGUAAUUUGCUCACCCAGUGCCACCAAUCAUAACGGUGGGAAGAGCCUCAAUCUGGAAUGCUGGGAAUGCUGAAAGUUACUUUUUUUCUUCAUGUACUGCAUAAGUAAACUCUGCUAGGUCCUGUUUGGAGUAGGAGACACAAGGCAGUGUUUAAUGUCAAAUAGCUGUCACUGCUCAGGAAAUCCAGAAAUCCUGUGUUUGUCUUAUUCAGAUUUUUAAGAAAAGCAGGUUUGCUGCAGCUGGCAUGGGGGAGUACGGAGUGGCUCCGGGCCAGCGCGUGGCCAUCAUCUGGGACAGCUCCUCGCCCGUCGAAGCCCUGAAGAAUUUGGUGGAUAAAAUCCAGUCACUGGUGGGAGCUGAUAAUCAUAUCUCUGUGGAAAAUGUUAACCAGCUGUCUCACUCGGCUCACAGGGAGUCCAGUUUCGAUGUCAUCCUCUCUGGCAUGGUUCCAGGCAGCACAGCCCAGCACAGUGUGGAGCUCCUGGCAGAAGUAGCUCGGAUACUUAAGCCAGGGGGCCGUGUCCUCCUGAAAGAACCCGUGGUUACAGAAUCAGGAGACAAUGGCAAAAUCAAGACAGCAGCCAAGCUCCUCACAACUCUGACUCUCUCUGGAUUGGUGGAAGUGAAGGAGCUGCAAAAGGAAGCACUGACCCCAGAGGAGGCCCAGUCUGUUGGAGAACAUCUGGGUUACCAAGGCAGUGACCUUGUCAUUAUUCAGAUAGAAGGCAGGAAGCCCAAUUUCGAAGUGGGAUCCUCAAGACAGCUCAAACUUUCCUUUGCCAAGACACCUGCUCCUUCAGCAAAAUCCCCUGUGGACCCAACUGCUGCCAAGCUGUGGACACUGUCUGCCAAUGAUAUGAAUGAUGAAGAGAUGGAUCUUUUGGACUCUGAUGAGCUGUUGGAUUCAGAGGAUUUGAAAAAGCCAGAUCCAUUGUCCCUCAGAGCUCCAACCUGCAAAGAAAAGGGCAAAAAGAAAGCCUGCAAGAACUGCACAUGUGGCCUGGCUGAAGAACUGGAACAGGAGAAGAAGGGCUCACAGCCCAAAUCUGCUUGUGGAAAUUGCUACCUGGGAGAUGCAUUCCGCUGUGCCAGCUGCCCUUACCUGGGGAUGCCUGCCUUCAAGCCUGGGGAGAAGAUUCUCCUGCCAGAAAACCAGCUGCACGAUGCCUAACAAAGACAUGUCCUGCCAAGGACUCUGCUGCUUUUCCAUCACUCUGAGGUUCUUCCUGCAGUCCUCAUCCUCUCAAACUCAUGCUCUCCAGCCAGUGCUCCAUAUGGGGAGGGACACUGCUGUGAGCUCACCACUUGUCAUCAGCCUGGGGCUACCCGAUCCUCUGGUGACAAGUCACGUCUUAGACUUCAUGUUACACCUUGUUUUGGCUGGCCUGCCUUGAUCCUGGGCGCUGGUCACAGCGUGUCCCACCAGCAGAGGGAAGUACAGUCACGUGUCAGGUUGUCCUUGUGUGCCUGUGGCAUUUCCCAUGCCUGUGUCCUACAGCUCUAAUUAGUCCUGAUUUUCCCUGGUGAAUCAGCAGCUCUGGCUCAGUCCCCGGGGUGAUGGGCUCCUGCUCUCUUUGAAAUUUUAACCUGCAGCCCCUCAUGUGGAGAUGGUUCAGCAGCUCCUGUGGCAAGUCAGGAGCAGGGAGUACACUUAGCAGUGUGUACUCUUAGCAGUGUGCAUGGGAAAGGCUGGCAGGCAUAAUGAAUUUCCAAGUGUAUAGGGAGCCCCUUCCCCCAGCUGUUUUUAGCAAAAUGACAAAGAUUCAGUCCCGCCAAGAACUCCUGCCUUUAAGGCAGGGAGCUGAUGAAACAAGAUCUGUCUUGUCUCCCCACAGCUUUAGUCCAACACGAGCUGAUAACACAAGGGCAAUCUGAGACUAUCACCUCUCUUGGUGGUUACCCAAGUGAGUUACCUGCAGUGUCAAAUACAUAAGAACAUAGCAAUAACUUAAUUUCUAGGUGAUCUGUGGUGGCCCUCUGCUCCCUCUCCAUGAGAUACUAUUUAUUUGUGUAGCUCCUACCCUGAAGCAUCCUGCAGGUGUGGGAUCAGGGUGCUGUUCACAUUUUGUGCUGGGCUUGCUUCUCACCCAGGGAGGGGGAGGAGGAAAGCCCAAAUUCAGUGUCUCAGUGGGGACUGCUUUGUUUGGAGCUCUUGCUCUGCAGGAUGUGACUUCUUCUCGUGUGCUGAGUUACUAAACUCAUGGAGAGGGCUGGGAUGAAAGGCUGUUCUGUUCUUGAAAUAAAAGUGACCAAUAGUAAAGCCUUUGUUUUAAGGCUGGUAUUAGUGAUAUUCUU